AUGGCUAGCGCCAACGUCAACCGCCCUACGAACGUCAAGGAGAAGGACGCGGAUAUCAACCGCAAGCUCCAGAUCUACGGCAUCUUCCGCGCCUUCAAGGCUGGCAAGGUCCCCUCGAACGACCAGAUUGAUGUCGCAUUAAACAGCUUCCUGCAAUCCGAUGCUCUCACCAAGCCCAACACCAAGCUCUCCGCCGACGGCAAGCUGCUCGUCGAGGACACCCGUGAGGUCAUCAGACUUGCCAAGAACCUGCUCCUCUCCAAGAACGACGGCAACCUCAUUCAGGAUUUCAUUUGGCAGACUACCCAGUUUGACCCCAAGGCCGUUCAGGGCCCCAACGUUCCCGUCAGCAAGGAUGCUGCCCAGAAGGACGGCGAGGAGGCUCUCCAAGGCCUAAGAACCCUCGGAACGCUGCUCAUCACCAACGGGCAGUUCCGCAAGCUCCUCAAGGACUCCACCGUUCUGCUCCGUGAUAUGGCUGGUGACGCCGCUAGCAACGCUGCCGGUCGCAUCCGCCCCGACGACGAGGACCUGUCUCAGCUGGACCAAGCUGCCGAGGACAACACCUGGCACGAGGCUCCCAAGUUCAGCAAGGAGGACCUUAAGAAGCAGGCCCAGGGCCUGUACAAGGGCGACGCCAAGAAGGAUGCCCAGGACAUCGCCGACAGCGCUAGAUCUGCUGGUGCGCCCGCUUCUGGCGAGCCUAGGGAUGCCAACGUCGCUGCCGGCCAUAACGCCGCCAAGUCAACCCUCAAGGACAAGAUCAACAAGAAUAUCGAUCCUGAGACGCAGGAGAACAUUAAGGCAAAGAAGGAGGAGCAGCGCCGCAAGGCCAAGGACUACCUGAACAAGAAGAUGCCUGCUGAGCGCAAGGACCAGAUCAUCUUCCGCCUUAAGAAGAUGGUUAUUGAGUGCCAGCAACACACCGACUACUCCCAGGCUGUCCAGAGCCUGCUCCGUCUUGCCCGCACCUAUGGUGAGCAUGGCCGCUCCGUGAGCAAGGAGUCAGGCGGGUCCGUUAACCAGGCCCGCAGCGGCCUUGCUGCCGCCGAGGCUGAUCUUCGCACUUUGAUUGAGCGCUUCGCCAACGGUACCUCCACCUCCAACCUCUGGAAGGCUAUUGGCCAGAUCUACCAGGAUGCUCAGAAGGACAGUGAGCUCAAGGGCUGGUUCAAGAACAUGGACCACUAUGUCAACCGCCUUCUCCUCGAGCAGGGCUACGUCCUGGAGGAGCAAUCUACCAAGGAUUGGGAUGCCCUCUACCAGCAGGGUCGCUACCUUCUGCGUGAGAAGUACAAGGCCCAUACCGACAAUGUCUUCGACGAGAUUAAGUUUGUCGGCGACCAGUUCGACAAGGACCCUCAGAACAAGCAGUUCGGCGCUGCUGUCCAGAAGCUGUUCAAGGACCUUGGCAAUGGUUCUGAUGGCAAGUCCGAGUUCAAGCCUCACCUCGCCAAGGAUGUCUUUGAUGUCAUCCUGCCUGCUGUCCUCCGUGACAUUGCCUACAUCCCCAUUCCUCGUAUUGAGUACUCUGAUCCUGGCUUUGACGCUGUCAUUGAGAAUCUCAUUCUCGAGAGUGACAACUUCACGCCCAACGUCGCUGAGCUCGUCUCCAACAACAACUGGAAGUGGGGCCGUAAGAACAUUACCAACCACAACCAGAACGUUAUCGACCUCAAGGUCUCUGGCAUCCAGAUGGAUCUGCGCGAUGUUAGCUACCACAUCAAGCGCAAGUCUGGCUUUCCUAAGAUCACUGACACUGGCGUCGCCGACAUCCUGCUGCCGGGUGAUGGCUUCUCUUUCCGCAUGAAGGUCUCUACUGCCGGUAAGAGGGAUUCUCAGAAUUUCUUCAAGGUCGAGAAGGUCGAUGUCGACUUCAAGAGUCUUAAUGUCAAGCUCAAGAAGUCCAAGUUCAAGGGCCUCUUUGCCAUCUUCAAGCCCAUCCUGCUCCGCGCUCUCCGCCCUGCGCUCCAGAAGGCUGUUGAGAAGGCCAUCAAGGACAAGUGCAACGAGUUUGACCGCACCCUGUACGAGCUCAAGAAGGAGGCUGAUGCUGCUGGCGAGAACGUUGGCGAGGACGGUACGAAGACCAACUACUUCAAGCGCUUCUACGACGCCGGCCAGAACCGCGCCCUCAAGGCGAAGCAGCAGAAGGAGAAGGUCAAGAAGGACAUCCAAGACGAGAACAAGAAGGUCAACAUUACUAUGACCGAUGAUGAUUCCAUCUUCCCCGACCUCAAGUUGCCUGGCGGUGUUAGCUCCAAGGCCACUGAGUACAAGCAGCUUGCUCUCAAGGGCGAGAAGUGGGAGAGCCCCGUCUUCUCCAUUGGCAACAGUGCCGCACACGGAAACAACGGUCAUGCUAGCGGAAAUGGUCUCGCCACCGGUGGAAACAGUCUUGCUGCCAACACCGGACUUGCCAGCGGCAAUGGCAUUGCCAACGGCCAGGGCCUUCAUGCCAACGGCAACGGCCUCCACGCCACCGGCAAUGGUAUUGCCAACGGUAACGGCAUCAAGAAGACUACUGCCCCGGCUCUUGAUACUACCAACCCUGUUCCCCUCAACUAA